CUUUUCGCGGAACGAUUCGGGUUUUGACGAUGAAGUCAUUGUUUUUAAUCCUGUUGAUUUUUCGAUUCUGUAACUGUAAUCCAAGUGAAAAUACAAAUGAAUCAGCACCAAAAGUUGUUACGUCUCUGGGCCCGAUCGAAGGUCACUAUCAAAUGUCAAGCGAAGGUCACCGAAUUGAGGCUUACGAAGGGAUUCCGUACGCGGUACCACCAAUUGGAAAUUUAAGAUUCGAGAUUGCAAAGCCGAUCUCGUCAUGGACGGGUGUUAUGAUGGCGAAAGAACCCGGACCAAUGUGCCUUCAGUACGGCAGGGAAAUGAAAAAUACUGUUCAGAAAAUUAGGGGUUCCGAAAACUGUCUCUACUUGAACGUUUACACACGAUCUACAUCUUCUCCACAUGGUUCGCCGGUUAUAUUUUUUAUCAACGGAGAUUCAUUUAUGACAGGCGCGGGUUCGGAUUUUGGACCCGAGUACUUACUCAAUCAGGAUGUAAUUCUUGUGACGUCAGACUCCAGAAGAGGAAUACUGGGAUUCUUAAGUACGGAAGACCACAUUGUUCCCGGAAACAUGGGAAUGAAGGAUCAAGUUAUCGCACUACGUUGGGUCAAGAAGAACAUUGGCUCUUUCGGUGGAGACCCUUCAAGGAUUACGAUUGUAGGACAUAGUGCCGGAGGUAUUUCCGCACAAUAUUUCUACUUGACAAACAUCACUGCGGGCAUGUUCCAAAGGGGAAUGUCAAUCAGCGGCACUGUACUGCAGCCUCAGGCUCUUAUCGAAAAACCUCUUUUAAAAGCAAAGAGAGUUGCAGACCUUGUGGGAUGUCCAACUAGCAAAAUCCGAUCCAUGGUCGAUUGUUUGAAAGCCCAGCCUGCGGACAAGAUUGUGCUUACUAUAAAAGACUUUGAACUAUUCCAAGGCGUUUAUUCAACCGUUUUUGGACCAGUUGUUGAGAAGGGGCAUGGUGAUUUCAAAAUGAUCGAUCGACCACCCAUGGAAUCACUUGCUCUUGGCUUCGUACAGGACCUACCGUGGUAUUGUGUUGGUGUUGAAGAUGAUGGCCUAAUCACAUCAGCUGGACUCCUCAACAAUCCUCUGCAACUGUACCUAUUCGAUAUGAACUUUGGGAAAAUCGCACCUUCUUUGCUGGGCUACAAUGACACCGUGCCAGAGAGCAAGAAACCCGAAGUUACCCGACUUAUAAAAGAAAAAUAUUUUAAUAAAAGACCAAUCGAUUUAUUGAGCGCAGGAGAGGUCACAAAAAUAAUAACCGAUUGGUUGUAUGGUAUCGGUAACGAGAAAGCGGCAAGGAUGCAUGCACGAGCCAUUCGAAGUCCCGUCCGUUCUUGCUUGUUCACGUACAAAGGAUCUCACAGUAUCACCGAAAUCUUGACCGGCAACACCAUGAACUACGGAGUUUCCCAAUACGACGAUCUUGCUUAUUUAUUUCCGUUAUUCUUUACACCAACAUCUCAACAAGAUCUAAAAAUGCAGAAGAUAAUGACCAAUUUCUGGGUAUCGUAUGCCACCAAUGGUACGGCGGAUAUGAGUGUCGAGUGGUCCAACCUGAAUCCAUGCCAGACGGAGUAUCGCUAUCUUCAAAUCGCUGGACCGGAUAAAAUUUACAUGAACGGCAGCACAAACUUCGGGAAUAAGGAGUUCUGGGAGACGAUUGAUCUUCAAGAGAACACCCUGCCAUACGUUAACUGA